AUGGCGCCCAUCAAAGUUGGACUCGUUGGUUUAAGUACUGCAUCGAAGGUAACGAACUGGGCUGCAAUCGCACAUCUCCCAUACCUGCAAUCAAAACAAGGCAAAGCUCUCUUCGACGUUGUCGCCCUUUGCAAUUCCUCUGUAGACAGUGCAAAAAAAUCGAUUCAACACUACGGUCUUGCCGAGUCGGUCAAAAGCUACGGCUCUCCAGCAGAUCUGGCUGCCGACCCCGAUGUCGAGUUAGUCGUCUGCGUGGUCGGUGUCGAGAACCACUAUGAUGUAUUGCUCCCAGCGAUCAAGGCUGGAAAGAAUAUCUACACCGAAUUACCUCUGGCAUCCAAUCUCAAGCAGAUGCAAGAAUUGGUGGAUUUAGCCGAGAAGAAAGGUGUGCGAACUAUGUUUGGAUCUCAAGGGCAAGCUCAUCCAGCUGUUCACUUACUCAAGAAGAUGAUAGCAGAAGACAAGGUUGGAAAAGUUCUAAGUACAACGUUUGUUGGAACAACAGGGUUUCCUCUCACGAAAGUGCCAGCUUCCUUCCGAGUGGUCGGAGAACGCGCAGCCGGAGGCAACUUCGCGACAAUUUGGUUCCUGCACAGUGAGUCUUGUGUCAAUGUCAGAAGCAGCCUCAUGCUAACAACCAUAGGCAUAACUUGUCUUCUGGAAGUCUUUGGCGAACUUGAAGCGUUCAGCAGUAUGAUGGGUAAUGAUUAUCCAACUAUGGACCUCGUCGAUCCGACCCAGUCGGGUAAAAUCGUCGACAGCAUCACAAAAGACACUCCUGACAACAUCCAUCUCCAAGGCCGCUUCUCAUCUGGAACUUUGAUCACAUAUCAGAUGCGUGCAGGCGAAGUCUUCCCCGGCGAGCCUGGCUGCUGCUGGAUCAUCAACGGCGAAAAAGGCGAUAUCCAAAUCACAAACCCUCGAGGCUGCUUCGACAUUGAACACAAAGGUCUCGAAAUCAAGUACAAGAAAGCCGGCGAGCGAAAGGCAGAGACAAUCGAGCUGUCCGAAGACGGAUAUACUACGCUCAACCAUCCAGCUCAGAACGUCGGCCGUUUGUACGAGGCUUUCGCAAAGGGAGAUACGGCUUCAUAUGCUGAUUGGAAUGUUGCGUUGAGGAGGCAUAAGCUCAUUGAUGAGAUGUUCGCGAGAGGAGAUGAUGAUAAGCCAUUUGGCGAGGUGGCGCAGUACAUGAAGUGA